AUGCGGUUCCUGAUGGCCGAUCGAACAGUGAAGUGUCCUAUUGAGAUACUCCACAAUGUGUUGGUGAAGGUGGGGUCAUUUAUAUUCCCGGCUGACUUUGUGAUUAUUGAUUAUGAGGUGGAGUUUGAGGUGCCUAAUAUUCUUGGGAGGUCGUUCCUUGCUACCGGUCGCGCCUUGGUUGACAUGGAAAAAGGACUAACGAAGCUUAGGUUAAACAAUGAAGAAGAAACUUUUAACAUUUCUAGGUCCAUGAAGAAGAGUGGUGAGCUCCAAAUGGUAUAUACUAUAUCCUAUAGGGUUAAGAGUACGUCUGAGGUACAAAUCAAAGAGUGCCUUGGUGUUGAGGCACUAGCGGCGGUGAUCAUGAAUUUCAAGAGUGAUAGUAUUGAGGAGUAUGGGUCAUUGGCUGCGGCACUUGACCGAGAUGACGUUCGGUGCCAAAGAGAUUGUGGUAUUUCAAGAAGGCAAGAUCUCCCUAUAAAUCCCAUUCUAGUGAUCGAGUUAUUUGAUGUGUGGGGCAUUAAUUUUAUUGGCCCGUCUGUGAGUUCUCAUGGGAUGAAAUAUAUUCUUGUGGCUAUGGAUUAUCUAUCAAAAUGGAUGAAAGCCAUAGCACUUGCUAACAAUGAAUGGAAGAGUGUGAACGCGUUCUUGGAAAAGAACAUCUUCUCUCGAUUUGGCACACCUAGGGCCAUUGUUAGUGAUAGGUUAUUCCACUUUUGCAACAAGUAUUCAAAGGGUUAUUGGAGAAAUAUGGGAUUCGCCAUAAUGUAG